AUGGUGGAAAAGCCUGCAGGACUGCCUUCUCGGCUUGCAAAAAGUGAAUCUAUUCUCCUUAGUAUUGUUACAGCUCGAGAUUUCAAUUUCGGUACAGCCAAGAUGAAAGCAAGUGCUUACAAAGCCUUCGAUAUUCUUACCGACGCAAAUUCCUGUGUUAUCUCGAGAAAAGUAGAGCCGGAAGACAAAGUAAUCACCAUAUUCCAAAAAGAUUCCAUACCUGUUUCGGAAACGAAGCUCGCGAUGCAAUAUUAA